AUGGCAGAGGAGAAUUUGACGGUCGUUUCUGAGUUUAUUCUGCUGGGAUUGACAGAUCAGGCAGAACUGAAAGUCGUGCUGUUCGUCCUGUUCCUGGCCAUCUAUGGGAUUACCUUGGUAGGGAAUCUGGGCAUGAUGCUGCUGAUCCAAAUCACCCCCAAACUCCACACGCCCAUGUACUUUUUCCUCAGCUGCCUUUCAUGUGUGGAUGCCUGCUACUCAUCAGUUAUAGCCCCCAAAAUGCUGGCCAACUUGAUGGCGGUGAAGGGCACCAUCUUCUUCUCUGCCUGCCUAAUACAACAUCUGUUUUUUGGGAUAUUCAUUACCACCGAAGGCUUCUUGUUGUCGGUGAUGGCUUACGAUCGUUACGUGGCCAUCGCGAACCCUUUGCUUUAUACCGUGGCCAUGUCUAAGAGCAAGUGUGCUGUGCUGGUCGUUGGGUCAUGUCUAGGUGGGAUAAUCAACUCAUUGACACACACCAUCAGCUUGGGGACAUUGUCUUUUUGUGGACCUAAUGUCGUGAGCCACUUCUUCUGUGAUAUUCCUCCCUUGCUAAAACUGGCUUGCUCUGACACAUCCAUGAAUGAAUUUCUGCUUUUAACCUUCUCUGGAGUCAUUGCUUUGGGCACUUUCUUGAUUGUGAUCAUUUCCUACCUAUUUAUUGCUGCUGCCAUUCUGAGGAUCCGCUCCGCUUCAGGCAGACAGAAAGCCUUCUCCACUUGUGCCUCUCACUUGUUGGCUGUGACCGUAUUUUAUGGUACCUUGAGCUUUAAUUACAUCCAGCCAAGCUCCCAGUACUCGGUCGAACAAGAGAAAGUGGUGUCUGUGUUCUACACACUCGUGAUCCCCAUGUUAAACCCCAUGAUUUACAGUCUUAGGAACAAAGAGGUGAAGGAUGCUGCGAAAAGAGCCGUGGAAUUGAAACACCUGUCGUGCUGA